AUGCCUUCCCAAGUCAACAGCCUAGAUGGCGAUCUCGACACUAAGACCGCUAAGCUUAAUGAGUUCAAGGCCGUACUGGAAAAGUAUGCGGUACAUGUACAAGUCACUACUCGAGAAAGUUUACAUCCUAAUGCGAUGAUGCACGAUCGAGCAGCCGUUAUUCCAGCGCUUGUGGUCUCCCCAAAGAGUGAAUGGGGGGUCUCUAAGGCCCUCACCUUGAUGACGGACCGGAAACUGUAUGAUCACUUUGAAGUUUCUGUGAAAAGCGGUGGCCAUGGAUACUUCAACGGAGCUUCCUGUCAAGAUAUCAUGCUCAACAUGGCAUCCAUGAAUCAGAGGCGGAUUGUGGGUGACACGAUGUUUCUGGAGCCCGGUUGUGUGUUGGCUCAAGUUAUCGACAUUUUGGCGAAGCAUGGCAAGGCGGUCCCCCAUGGGGAUUGUUUUGGAGUCGGCGCAGGCGGCCACUUUCUUACUGCAGGGUGGGACCUUCUCUUGGGUCGUCGUUAUGGUCUUGGGUGCCAGUCCGUUAUCGGCGGACGUGUUGUCCUUUGGAACGGGGAGAUUCUGGAAGUGAGCCAAAAAACCCAUCCUCACCUACUAUAUGCGAUGCGCGGUGGUGCAGUUGCAGAAGUGGGGGUAGUUACCGAGAUAUGGCUCAGCGUUAUAGACCAGCCUACUCUUGCGACGUGGCGUUUUACACCGAUCGAUUGGGAACAGUUACGAACCUGCGCGAGAUAUCAAACUUUUCAAAGAGCAACUGCGCUUUCCAGGGAUAUUACAGUAUCUUUUCGAUUUCACUUUGAGCCAACACAAACGGACCCAGUGUGUUCCUUCAAUAUUGUCAGCCUUGGGACAGCGCGCGAUACUAUCAACCAACUCUUCUCCGAUUUAGGGUUGGAAGUGGCGAGCAUUGUCGACAACCCAUCUGAAUGGAACGAAAAGUCUCUUCUAGAUCUUCGAUUAUUACCUGCUUCGGAAUGCUUGACAAGAAAUCCAGGUAUGCUAGGAGAAGUCUCCGCCGGUGGGCUACAUCAAUCACCAGGUGUUUUUUGGAACAAUUUGGCAUGUUCUCGGGAGAUGGCUCCAUCAUUUUUUCGGUCAAUCUCACACUGGGUAAAGCCUAACUGCGACGAAAUGCUUCUGGAUCUGUGGAAACAGUUUGACUCUGCCAAGGAGCAUAAAUUUCGCUCUAGAAUGUACGCCCUUGUGAUUGUGGGGGGUGGAGCAAUUACAGAGUGUCAGGACAGCUGUUCUAUGCCACUGGGCCAAGCGUUGGCCCGUUUCGAGGUUCACUGGGAUGAACAUGGGGAUAAGCAUUUCUGUGAUGGAUUUACAAAUCAGGUCUCUAAUAUCAUAGAGUCCUACGAAGAUAAGGGCCCCGGUCGGCCGUACCGCGGUGAUAUUUGGCGGGAAGAUCAGGCAUAUCACAAGGAUGAUCCCUUGAAAAAGAUCCGUGAGGCUUACAGCUGA